GUGCCAAAGUUGUCAUACUUGUCAACACCAAAACGCAACGGUCUGCAAGGAAAAAAAUUACAUUUCGCAGGGGGAACGAUGAAUAACAAUCUCGUGAAGCAUGAAAUUGCUCUCAUCAAUGGAGUGGCAACAAGAAUAUCCAGUGCAAUGUCUACAGAAGAAAAUAUUUGCAUCGUUGUAAUCCCUGGUAACCCAGGUGGCAUUGGCUUUUACGAUAUUUUCAUCUCGACGAUGUUUCAAGCGGGAAAAGGAAAGUGUUCUGUUUAUGGUGUUUCGCAUGCAGGCCAUGCACAGGUGGAUGAACCAACGGGACCAUGCAGAUGGAAGAGCAAACAGUGGGAUCAGCCUGACUUGCCAACGUCUUUCUCACUCACAGACCAAAUCGAGCACAAGCUGGCCUUCUUGGCUUACUACAUCCCCGCACACUGCAGAGUCAUUCUGAUUGGCCAUUCGAUCGGGGCGUACAUUACUCUGGAAAUGCUAAAGCGAUACCACGACAAGGAAAAAAUUCUCAAGUGUGUCCUUCUCUUUCCAACAAUUGAGCAAGUAGAUUCUGCGCCUAGUGGGAAAAUGUGGAAAUUUAUCUGCCACUAUCUACACUGGCCCUUCCUUAUGGGAACAGUUUUGGUGUCGUUUCUGCCUUCAUUUCUUCAGAGGUGGUCCAUAAACUGGUGGAUGUACUUGAACAAGGUUGAAAACAAAGAGUCCAUCAUGGAAGCGGCGCAAUCAAUGCUUAAUUACCGUACAGUUGAUAACGUUUUGGAGAUUGGACGCCAGCUCGUCACGAUACGAGAAUUAGACAACGAUUGUAUACGCGCCAAUCUGGACAAACUUGUUUUUUUCUACGGGCUCGGCGAUCCCUGGGUUCCACAGGGUUAUUACGAGGCUAUGAAAGAAAGGUUCCCGGAGGGCGACAUAAAACUGUCACAUGACAAAGACAUCAAGCACGCUUUCGUGUUGGAUACCUCGGAAAAAGUGGCAAAAAUGGUGUGGGAAUGGAUUGAAGGAUACCUAAGAGAUUUAGAAGACGCUGAGAUUAUUUGUUGAAUCUGUCACUUAUAUCAUUAAUCCCUGCCCGGAUACUGAGCAAAAUAGUUUUUCAACCGCGUGAGCAGCCAACGAAAAGGGUUUUCGAGCGAAACAUUCAUGAGCCCGCGGUGACGCGAAGUAACCCCUCAUCUGAUUGGUCCAAAAAAAUCGAAGAGACUUCGGCUACUUUCGGAGGAUUGCACCGAUCGGGUUUAGACAGCAACGCUGCGUGCAAAUAAUUGUAGGUAGGAGUUAGUCACUCGUACCUAGCUUAACAGAAAAAAAAAAACUGCUCUAGGAAAAAACUAACAAAACAAUGUGCGAACUACAAUAUUCUCUCUUUGUUCUUAACGUUACCCUACCAACGGUUUCUUUCAAAGUCUUCGCGAUAUACGGAGAACUGUUAUGUCUUUGUGCAGGUAAUUUAACUUUAUUUCAAAAGCCACCGUUCCAUAUGGUAAAUGCAUAUCAAAAAUAUAAAACCAGCUUGAAAAGGCAGACAUUCAAACAUUUACACCAAACGAAAUAAGUAAUAUUUUCUGUUGAUAGUAUUUGCGUGCCAAGUAUAAUCAAAUCUACAUACUAUAACAAUCCAGUCUAAGGGGAAAAUCUUAUAGGGGUGAGUCCUUCGGCAAAUCAAUCCUUUUCUUCCUAGGUGCAAGACUUUUUUUACAGGGCCGUUCUGAAAACCACUUUUGUGAGAACGUACCUGUCUAAAGAUUAUUAUUAUUAUUAUUAUUAUU